AUGAAUAUUCCUAGCGAAUUCAAAUCUGUGACUGAUUAUGCUGUAAUUUGUGGUAAACGUUGUCAAUUAUUUGAAAAUUUUCUAAGAGGUAGAAAAUUGAAGAAUUUUGAAGAUUGUUUAUAUAAUUGUGCAGAACAUGUAAAAGAUAAUAUCUAUAAAUUGCAGAUUGAUAAAUCAGAUGAAUGA